AUGUCAAUAUCUAGAUUACCCCUCCUAAGGGCUGCCUCGAGACGUGUUGCCGUACCAAGCAGUGCGCGUUCACUCUGGGGGCUUCGAACACAAUGUCGUGUCUUCAGCUCAGAACCCAGCGACACUGCUACCCCAUCCCAAAAAACUAUAGCUGAGACCCAAUUCGAAAUCUUCAAAAAUAGUCUUGGGCCAAUUGCGCUCCAAUACAUCCAUCCAGGCCACCAAUCGCCCGAACCAGGCAAGGAGGUCGAACUGACGGGCUUUCUUGGAAAACGGCGAGACAGGGGCCAGAAUCUGAGCUUCUGUGAAAUUACGUUGAAUUUAAGAGAUCGGCCUCGUGUCCAGAUUGUAUCUAGCUGGGAGGAGGAGCACUCAGCGGAACACACUGCCCACACUAAUCUGAAGUCGGUGCCUGCGCACAGCCCAGUGGUUGUCACUGGAACCUUGCAAAAUAGGGCCGCCGCCGCCACCAAAAAUACUCAAGAUGGUACUGAAGCCCGUUCAAAAAUCAUGAUAGGCGAAUAUGAGUUGAGGUUACGGUCCAUCAAGUGUCUGAACACAUUUCCCAAGGAUAUCAUCGUCUCGAAAGACGCAGUGUGGCCCCCUCAAUCUCGCCAUCUGCAGAUGAGAUUCGAUAACUCUCUGUAUGAACGUUUGGUAUUUCGCGAGGCCGUAGCUACAAAGCUACGUCGUGUUCUGCAUGUAGAAGGUUUCGUCGAGGUAGAGACACCGGUUCUAUUCAAGUCUACCCCGGAAGGUGCUCGGGAGUUCUUGGUACCGACCCGGCGGAAAGGAUUUGCAUACGCGUUGCCCCAAAGCCCUCAGCAGUAUAAGCAGAUUCUUAUGGCUGGUGGUAUUGGCAAGUAUUAUCAGUUUGCCAAGUGCUUCCGCGAUGAAGACCAUCGUGCCGAUCGACAACCCGAAUUCACUCAGCUCGAUCUGGAGAUGAGCUUCUCUAGUAGCAAGGAUGUGAGACGACUUGUCACUAAAUUGAUGCGAUCCUUAUGUUCGAUGUUUGCUCCUACUCAAGCCACCAAUAUUGAUGGUGUAGGAGAUAAGCAGCCGGACGGCGACGAAAAUCAUUCCAGUAAUCGAUAUAUUGACUUUGAUAGGCCAAAUACCAUUUCCUACUUGAGGGCCAUGCGCCUUUACGGCAUCGAUAAGCCAGACCUCCGGAUAAGUCCGAAUCAUGCAUCUGAGAUAAUCUCAAUAGAUUCCUUGGUCUCUCCAGAGUUUAAGCAGAUGAUCACUAACCUCGAGAAUCCGGUCGUAGAUGCAUGCAAGUUCCGGUUCAACGGAUCACCACAAGAGUCGGGUAGCUUCAUCAGCAAACUGUUCGAUAUGCUGCCAAAUACGACUCACAAAUUAAGUGGUGACAGCACACCGGGCGUGUUCGUUGUAGACUCAUCAAAGCCACUCCAGGGCCUAUCCGCCCUAGGACACGAAGCAGCAGAAAGUCUGCUCAGUCGUGCGACUGACGAUUGGCUGCUUGCAAGAGACGGUGACGUAAUUAUCACACACGCACGCAAACCUCAAUUACAAGGUGGCUCUACAGAACUCGGCAGGCUUCGGAAAUUGAUAUUUGAUACUGCCGUAGAGGAAAAUUUGAUGCCCAAGGAUUCGUCCUUGCGAUUUCUUUGGGUCAACAGAUUCCCUCUAUUCUCGCCCGACGAUGGCGAACCAGGCCAAGGAGGUUCGGCUGGCAUCUGCUCUACGCACCACCCUUUUACCGCGCCCCUAUCGCCCGCGGACGUCGAUGCUCUCAAGAGAAAACCGCUUAGCGCCGUAGCCGAUCAUUACGACCUCGUGCUCAACGGCAUGGAAGUCGGGGGCGGAAGCCGACGUAUCCACGUCGCCGAGGUGCAAGAGUACGUUUUCCGAGAUAUCUUGAAAAUGACCGACGAGGGCAUUGCCCAAUUCUCGCAUCUCCUCGAGGCACUACGGGCAGGAUGCCCCCCACAUGCUGGGUUUGCGAUUGGAUUCGAUCGGCUGAUUGCAAUACUCUGUGAUGUCCCUUCCAUUAGGGACGUCAUCGCGUUCCCCAAAAAUAACAAAGGCGAGGACCCGCUUGUGGGUAGCCCGUCGAAGACGACGCUCGCCCAACAAAAGACGUACCAUCUUUUUGUUGAGCCGACGUCCGAAACCUCCUCGUCUUAG